AUGGGAUUUUCAUGGAGAAAGAGACUACGUGUAGCUAACGAGAAGAAGAUAACUCCGGUACUGAGUUGGUCGGAGUCGGAGUCGGAGUCGGAGACGGAUAUAACAAUACCACCAGAGUUUCAAUGCCCAAUCUCAAUCGAUCUAAUGAAAGAUCCUGUGAUAAUCUCCACAGGGAUAACCUACGACAGAGAGAGCAUCGAGACAUGGAUUGGUUCGGGCAACAAAACAUGUCCGGUCACAAACACGGUCUUAACAACGUUCGAUCAAACCCCGAACCACACGAUUCGUAAGUUGAUUCAAAGUUGGUGCGUGGAGGCAGGAUCGUCGUCGAUUCAACGUAUCCCGACGCCACGUGUUCCUUUAAUGCCACGUGAUGUCCACGAGAUCUGUAGAAAAUUAUCUUCUGCUACGCGGCGUGGGGAUUACGAGAAGUGUGGGGAGUUUAUUGGGAAGAUUAAGAAAUUAGGGGACGAGGGUGAGAAAACUCGCAAGUGUGUUACUGAAAACGGUGUCGGAUUAACUCUUUGUGAUUGUUUCGAGAAGUUCUCGGGAAAUGAGAAAUUAACGUUUAUGUUAAAGGAGAUUUUAUAUUUGCUAACCUGGAUGGUUCCGAUUGGGUCUGAUGGUAUUACAAAACUCGCAUCCACAACAUCGUUUCGUUGCGUCGCGGGUUUGUUGAGGAGUAAGGACGAUACUGCACGUGAAAACGCUGCAGUUUUUAUGAAAGAGAUUCUUUCGCUAGACAAAAUGCAAGUUUAUGCAUUUGCAGUCGAGAACAGAGUUGUAGAAGCAUUAAUGAAGUUGAUUCGCGAUUCGGUUUCGACUAGGUCGACGAAAUCUUCAUUGAUAGCGAUUUAUCAAAUGGUGUUGCAAAAGCCCGAAAUCGCGUCUGAGUUUCUCGAAAUCGGUUUGGUCAAUAUGACAGUGGAAAUGAUAGUUGAUGCUGAGAUGAAUGUUUGUGAAAAUGCGUUAGUGGUUCUUGAUGCGAUUUGCGAAACCGAGGAAGGGAGAGAAGAGGUGAGAAAAAAUGUGUUGGUGAUGCCGCUUUUGGUAGAGAAGAUCGCAAAAGUUUCUGAAUUAGCGACAAGGAGCUCAGUUUCGGUGAUUUUGAGGCUCUGUAAAAUGGGAAAUGCAUCUGUGAUUGAAGAAGUGGUACAUUUGGGUACAUUUCAAAAGGUGUUGUUGGUGUUACAAGUUGGGUAUGGAGAAGAGACUAAGGAAAAAGCAACAGAGUUGUUGAAGAUGAUAAACUCGCAGAUGAAAUUAAUGAGUGACUGUGUUGAUUCGUUAGUGGAGUUUAAGUAUAUCAAGAAACCAUUUUGAUGUUUUUAAUUAGGAUAUAGAUGAAUUGAAUAGUAGAUAAAAUUGAUGAGCGAAGAUAGACUUUGUUGAUUCUUUAGUGGAUUCAAGUAUAUAUCCCAAGAUAUCAUUUCGAUGUUUUACUUAGCAUACCUUGACGAUAAUGUAUUUUUUGAGUGAUGCCUCAUUAAGAAAUGGACUCGACCAAUCAUACCAAUAUUUUUAUCACUAACAUCCCCAUAAGACUAGUUAAAUAAAAAGAUUCAACCGUUGAAUAAGGAAGAUGAGCUGUUGAAUUAUUUAUUGAAAAAUGAAAAGUAUUAAACUAUGGGUCCGAAUAGUGACCGCGGUUUUGGUUGUGCGGGGAAAGCGGUUUUGGAGUGCGGUACGGUUCAACUGCGGUACGUGCGGUUUGUGGGACAAAUGCGGUUUAUACAAAAUAAGCGGUACAGAAUGAUAUUUGAUUGGUGAAAAAACUAUUUGCGGUUCAGUAUUAAUUGUGUGACUGGUAAAAAAAGGAAAAGCGGUGCGGAUUACAUAUAUUAUAAAUAAAUUUAUUAAUAAUUAGUAUGUUUGUAUAUUAUUGUAUAUUAUGAAUUAAUAAUAAAAAUAACUGUCUUUAUAA